CACAAGUGUCCGGGCGCUAGCUGACACUGACAGCACCACACACCGCUAGCCGUUAGCCCUUAGCACCUGCUUCAUUCAUCGCAAGCUAACUACCGCUAACAUGCAGGAAUGGGCGAAUCAUCUCUGCGAGAAUCGACAAUUUGGAUCCAAAAUGACGGACUCCAAGUACUUCACCACCACCAAGAAAGGUGAGAUCUUUGAGCUGAAGGCUGAGCUCAACAGUGACAAGAAAGAGAAGAAGAAAGAAGCUGUAAAGAAGGUCAUUGCCUCUAUGACAGUUGGCAAGGAUGUCAGUGCUCUAUUCCCAGAUGUUGUGAACUGCAUGCAGACAGACAACCUGGAACUGAAAAAGCUGGUCUACCUCUACCUGAUGAACUAUGCCAAGAGUCAGCCAGACAUGGCUAUCAUGGCUGUGAACACCUUUGUAAAGGACUGUGAAGAUCCCAACCCUCUCAUCCGGGCUCUUGCUGUGCGUACAAUGGGCUGCAUCCGUGUGGACAAGAUCACAGAGUACCUCUGUGAGCCACUGAGGAAAUGUCUAAAGGACGAAGACCCGUAUGUGAGGAAGACGGCUGCUGUGUGUGUAGCAAAGCUCCAUGAUAUCAAUGCUCAGUUGGUGGAGGACCAAGGCUUCCUGGACACCCUUAAAGACCUCAUCUCUGACUCCAACCCAAUGGUUGUAGCAAAUGCCGUGGCAGCGCUGUCUGAGAUAGCGGAGUCUCAUCCCAACAGUAAUCUGAUGGACCUGAACCCUCAAACCAUUAACAAGUUGUUGACCGCUUUAAAUGAGUGUACAGAGUGGGGACAGAUAUUCAUUCUUGACUGCCUGGCCAAUUACACACCUCGUGAUGACCGUGAGUCCCAAAGCAUCUGUGAGCGUGUGACGCCAAGGCUCUCACACGCCAACUCUGCCGUGGUGUUGUCGGCAGUUAAAGUUUUAAUGAAGUUUAUGGAGAUGCUGCCCAAAGACUUGGACUACUAUGGCACCCUGCUGAAGAAGCUCGCACCUCCGCUGGUCACUCUCCUUUCUGCUGAGCCCGAGUUGCAAUAUGUGGCUCUUAGAAACAUCAAUCUCAUCGUUCAGAGGCGCCCAGAGAUCCUGAAACAUGAGAUGAAGGUUUUCUUUGUAAAAUAUAAUGACCCAAUUUAUGUCAAACUGGAGAAACUGGACAUCAUGAUUCGUCUGGCAUCUCAAGCCAACAUCGCUCAGGUUCUGGCUGAGCUGAAGGAAUACGCCACUGAGGUGGACGUGGACUUUGUUAGGAAAGCGGUCAGAGCCAUUGGCCGCUGUGCCAUCAAAGUAGAGCAAUCAGCAGAGCGCUGUGUCAGCACACUGUUGGACCUCAUCCAGACCAAGGUCAACUAUGUGGUGCAGGAGGCCAUUGUGGUCAUCAAGGACAUCUUCCGAAAAUACCCCAACAAGUAUGAGAGUGUCAUCGCCACACUGUGUGAAAACCUGGACUCCCUAGAUGAGCCGGAAGCACGUGCUGCCAUGAUCUGGAUUGUUGGCGAAUAUGCUGAGCGUAUUGACAAUGCUGAUGAGCUGCUGGAGAGCUUUCUGGAGGGUUUCCAUGAUGAAAGCACUCAGGUGCAGUUGCAGCUGUUGACGGCCAUCGUCAAGUUGUUCUUGAAAAAGCCUACUGAGACCCAGGAGCUGGUGCAGCAGGUGCUGAGCCUGGCCACACAGGAUUCUGAUAACCCAGACCUCAGGGACCGUGGUUACAUCUACUGGCGUCUGCUCUCCACUGAUCCUGUGGCUGCCAAGGAGGUGGUUCUGGCUGAGAAGCCCCUGAUCUCGGAGGAGACGGAUCUGAUUGAGCCCACAUUGCUGGAGGAGCUUAUCUGCCACAUUGGUACUCUGGCCUCUGUCUACCACAAGCCUCCGAGUGCCUUUGUCGAGGGCAGCCGUGGUGUUCAGCACAAGAGACUCCCCGGCAGUGCUGGAUCUGGGGAGAGCGAGAGCCCAGAUGCUGGUUCUGCUGGCGGAGUUUCUGAAGCCCCCCCUGCUGUCAUCCCAUCCCAGGGAGACCUGCUGGGUGAUCUUCUUAAUCUGGACCUGACACCUCCUACCGCCACAGGACCACCACCGCCCUCAUCUGGCAUGCAGAUGGGUGCCAUGGACCUUCUUGGAGGAGGACUAGACAGCCUGAUGGGGGAUGAGUCUGAGCCGCCGCACAUUCCCCCGCGGACGCACACUCCUCAGUCACCUCAGCUCCCACAUCAGUCCCCAUCGCCCCCAGAUUACAGCCCCACCGAGCUCGGUGGAGACCUUGGAGGAAGUCCAGCUAUGGGCUCUGGUUUCGGUGGUCCUCCCGCUGCAAUGCCGGCAUCUUUCAGUGCCCCGGUUAGCGGUGGUCUGGAUGACCUGUUUGACCUCGGCGGUGGAGUUGGUAUGCCCAUGGGGGCCUACAGUCCUCCUAAAACAAUUUGGCUUCCUGCCAUGAAGGCCAAGGGUCUGGAGAUAUUGGGCACUUUUGCCCGCCGUGCCGGGGUCAUCCAAAUGGAGAUGACCCUCACCAAUAAAGCGAUGAGUGUUAUGAGUGAUUUUGCCAUCCAGUUCAACAGAAACAGCUUUGGUCUUGCUCCAGCUGGUCCACUUCAGGUUCUUACUCCUCUGAGCCCAAACCAGAGUAUUGAAGUGGCUCUGCCCCUCAAUACUGUGGGACCCAUCAUGAAGAUGGAGCCUUUGAAUAACCUGCAGGUGGCUGUUAAGAACAACAUUGACGUAUUCUACUUCAGCUGCCAGUACCCCAUCAGCAUGCUGUUUGUAGAGGACGGGACAAUGGAUCGACAGGUGUUCCUCGCCACAUGGAAAGACAUUCCGAAUGACAAUGAGGCCCAGUUUCAGAUCAAAGACUGCCACCUCAACUCAGAUGCGGCUUCUAACAAACUGCAGGGUAGUAACAUCUUCACCAUAGCCAAGCGUACAGUGGAAGGUCAGGACAUGCUCUAUCAAUCCAUAAAACUCACCAAUGGCAUCUGGGUGCUGGCUGAGCUGAAGGUGCAGGCGGGAAACCCAAACUUCAUGGUUUCUCUCAAGUGCAGAGCUCCGGAGGUUUCCCAGUGUGUGUUCCAGAGCUACGAGGCUGUGCUGAAGAACUGAAAAAAAGAGAAACAAGCACACAAGGACCAGCCCGCCGCCCGCUGCCCUGAGACCCCCCUAUCACCUCCCCUCACUCUCCCCCUCACCUGACCCAUGGACCAUUUCAGAACCUCACGCAGCACAGGAGCCACUUCCUGCACUCUGUAUGUCAUCCAGCUAUUUAUUUAGGAUGGUUAAUGAGCUGCUGUCUCAUUGUGGACGGCCUUGUUUAUUCACAUGAAUUGUCUGAAUAAACGCUUCCCCUCUCUC